GUUCAACACAAAUGCAACAUUCAAUUAUCCUAUUCAAAUCUAUUGAGGAUUGCUUUAAAAACAGUCCUUCGAAUCUCCUAUAGCGGCGAACGGAUGGCAAUUUGUUGAAAAUAUUCCUCGCUCUAUUGGCAAAGUUUCUGAUUAUUGUUUUUGUGGCUUAAUCAUUUCUUGACAAAAGAUCUCGUUUGGAAGUCACCUUUAAUGUAGGCGUGGCCUAAAGGGUAUUUGACAUCAUAGCUAGCAUCUGGUCGGCAGCUAGCCUAGAUUCGUUUGAAAACAGCACAAUACGCCUCAAAUUUGUAAUUGCUUCAAAUUAGUUCUUAAGGACAACCAAUCGGAACAUAGUUCGAGAAGCAUUGAGCAGGGCUUUGCGGGCGCAAACCACCGUCCAUCCGUCUACAGAGAAAAAAAAUACGCGCCAAGCGAAAUUCAUUCAUUGGAGUGAUCGGUGUAUGGUAAAUAUGAGCAGACGGCCGAGAUGAAGACCCAGAAUUUACGCACGAUCUUGCUAACGAUUUGUUCCCUGUCUUAUCUGCUUGUCGGGGCGGCUAUUUUUAGUGCUCUUGAAUUUGACUACGAUCAGGAAAUGCAGAAAAGUAUGAAAAAGAUCCACAAGACGCUUGUAAAGAAGUACAACAUUAGUGAGGAGGAUGUGAAAUUGUGGCUUAAAUACCUGGACAAUAAGGCGAAUAUCGACGCGGAUCUUUAUCAGUGGAGCUUUGCCGGUUCGGUGUAUUUUGCUACCACGGUUAUUACAACUAUAGGUAAGGUGAAUUUACUUGGCUAUCAAAGUGGGGGCGAUAUGUUGCGUUUAAUCCUCGCCAGAAAUUAGCUUGAUUGGACGCAAUACUCACAAGGUAGAUAGCAAUUAGUACCGCGUUAUGGAGCAAAGUCUUUUAAAGUGAGCUCAUAAACUAGACUGGCACCUGUUUGGACACUCGUCAUUGACUAAGUAUUAUAGCUAUAGCACGUAGUUUCGUCUUAAAGCACUAAGUCAAGGCCUGCACUUGUAAAAGAAAGGAGGAAAAGACACCUUCUUAAGCGAAAUUCAAAGGAAACCAGUCCGCAUUGUCGCAGAAACACGUCCCAACCCGCUUCCUUAAGCUAUUUCCGCGAAAUAAUUGAACUACGAUACAAGCAAGAAGGGAUAUUUCCUUUUCGAAGUUUAUUUCUCAUAAUAAACAAACGCCCGCGAGAAAUGCGUAUAUUGUCGAAGUUUGAGAGCUUUGUUCAAAUAUUUUGUACAUCCACAUGCUUAAAUUUGUACUAACUUGAAGUUCUGUCUCGAUAUAUUUUUAGGUUAUGGCCACACUGUCCCCAAAACAGACCGUGGAAAAAUAUUUUGUAUGAUAUACGCGGCGGUGGGGAUCCCUCUCGCACUUACGAUGUUUCAAGCUAUCGGCGAGCGUCUUAAUACCUUCCUAGCGCAUAUGUUUCGUCGGGUGAAGAAAAAAUUUGGGAUGAAAAACACUGAAGUUUCGAACACAGCAAACAUGGUGGUUCUGUUCGGAUUGUUUUGUAUGGUUGUUACCGUUUGUUCGGGCGCUUUCAUAUUCUCACAUUACGAAAAGUGGACGUAUUUUCAAUCACUCUACUAUUGCUUCAUAACCGUAACAACCAUCGGUUUUGGAGACUAUGUGGCGUUGCAAGACCCUCAACGAUUCAACGACACCUACGUGGGUAUAUCCCUUCUUUUUAUCUUCUUUGGUUUAACUAUCGUAGGAUCAGUGAUGAACCAGUUAGCAUUGAGACUAUUAACUGCUAGCCAAACCAAAGAACCUACGGAGCAACUUAUCCACGAGGGGCCUCGGUGCGACAAGUGCGCGUCGUUCCGCUCUAUCCACAACUUUGAACAAUUCGAGCCGUAUUUGGAUAAUUCGUCCACGUUACUUAAGAACUUCGAAGAAGAAAUUUCGUUUACGACGUACAAAGGAUUACACAGAAAACGGGCGUCAAUUUGAUGCCGUUUACAUAUUCAAAAAACGUGAUGCAACAGUAUUAUCCGGAUAGCUUUAAUCAAAACGGUGAGAGAAUUUUUCAAGAUAUAGAAUAUUUUUCGACAAAAUAAACAGAAAAUUAAUUUUCGUAGUUUGAUUAGUUACGCAGAGGCCCGUCUUUCUCACUUUGCAGAAGAUUAAAAGGGAACUUGAUUUAAAGCGUACAUUCAUGGCAUAUAAAUGUUAUAAGCGGGUAAGGGAUGUAAACUCGCUGCAAUAAACCCAAAACAACCACAAUUAUAAUUGGUAGAUUUUUAGUUGUUAGCAACACGUUUAAGACUAAGAGGCGAUUUCAAUGUGGUGAGUAACGUGGCAUGAUUAUUUAAAAUGCGGUGAAGAAUAUAGAUAUGAAAUUUAGGAUACUUUUGAAAGUAAAAAUCGCGUACACGAUAUUAUUCACGUCGUACUUCGAUAUUUCCCUCACCACCUGUUUACCACAGCAUGAAAGUUUAAUUAAUGAAAUUCAUUUGUAUUUGGGCAAAUUUAUCUCACACCAAAAGAAAAGAAAUACCGCGCGAAGUAGCCUGACAAGGCUCACAGAAAAAUAACGGAAUAAACGGCAAUAGUUUUUUCGCCUGCUCAGUUAGGUCAUACUUAUGAGAGAAAGACCGUUUAAACAGGAAAACAAAUAUGCUGCGAGGCACGCCCGAUGUUAACAGAAUCAGGAGAUAGUUUUGUGAAUAUUUUAUGUAUCUCUUUUUUUUUCACACAAAUGAGCGUCUUUCUUC